AUGGAUAGCUACAGAUCCAAGUCCUGUAGAGAUGGGAGAGAGAUGCAGGUGGAGAGAGAUGGGCAGGUGGAGAGAGAUUCGGCUGUGGUGCCAUAUGGGAUGAACCACGAUAUGCCCAGGAGUUACAGUACAAGUCAUGCGACAGGAGGGUAUAACUAUAACAGUAAUAAUCUGAUGAUGGGAAAAGACUUACAGAUGAAGAAAAUGAAGAGCAGCCAGGGGUUAGGGAAGAGCUGGAGUCUGAAUGAUCCAGAGCUGAAGAGGAAGAAGAGGGUGGCGGGGUAUAAGGUUUAUGCGGUGGAAGGCAAAGUGAAAGGGUCGGUGAGAAAGGGUUUCCGGUGGAUUAAGGACAUUGUUUAUGGGUGGAGGUGA